UAAAGAAAGGAAGAAGAUGAAGAAGCCACCGGAAGCAUGCAACUGUCAGCUUUGGUAACAACCAUAUACUGUCUAUGGUAACAACAGUCCAACGCUGCAUUUUUAAUGGAACAAAACAAGACCGGUCUGUAGAGCCAUUUCAUACAUUGCUAUGUGGUGAUCGCUGUUUGAGAGAGCAGCAUGGAUCCGUCUGAGUCCGAGGGAGUGGAAGCUGCCGGUCCCGCCCCAGAACAGAGUCCCAAACCCGAGCUUUCUGCAGCGAUGCGGGCUAAAAUCGAGCGGAACCGGCAGCGCGCGUUGAUGCUCCGGCAAGCCCGACUAGCGAGUCGCCCUUUGUCCGCUGUGGAGGGCGCAACUUCGGCCAAAGUCUCCAAGACCAUCGACUCCGGUGCCGGCUUCUUUAUCGAGGAGGAGGAGGAGGAUAAAGAGGAAGAGCAGAGGACCAGGAAGGUUGUGCAUCAGCCAGCUCCAGUGAUCGAGCCAGACUACCUGGUGUGCGAUGAUUGUCAAAAACCCUUUAUGGACUCGUACCUCAGCAACAGCUUUGACCUGGCUGUCUGUGACAAGUGCAGAGACAACGAGGAAAAGCAUAAGCUGAUCUCUAGAACUGAGGCCAAGCAGCACUACCUGCUGAAGGACUGUGACCUGGACAACAGAGAGCCUCCGCUCAGGUUUAUACUAAAGAAAAACCCUCAUAACUCACACUGGGGAGACAUGAAGCUCUACCUCAAACUACAGGUGGAGAAGAGAUGUAUGGAGGUGUGGGGCUCAGAGGAGGCCCUGCAGGAGGCCAAAGAGACGAGGGAAGAGAACAAAGAGGUGCAGAAACAAAAACGCUUCAACAAGAAGGUCAAAGAGCUGCGCAGGGCGGUGAGGAGCAGUAUGUGGACCAAAAACACCAGCGUCCACCAGCAUCAGUACGGACCAGAGGAGGUGGUGGAUCCGGAGGAGGACCUCUACAAGAAAACCUGCACCACCUGCGGACAGGAACUCACCUACGAGAAGAUGUAGACACUCUCACACACCAGCACUGACUGCUUACAGGUUCAGUCUACAAGGAGAUGAUGUUUGGCAGCGAUGGUCAAAUGAAGCUUCACGAACCACUGUGUUUACUUUCUGAGCUCACUAGAUGCCGCUCUCUGUUCAACAAAGGGUUGAAAACGCACUGAACUGCCAUUCCUUUAAAGUGAUGGUUCGGAGUAAUUUCACCCUAGGGUCUUUUGCACCAUGACCCCGAGCCAAGAAGCUUCAUUUGACCAUCACUAAUGUUUGGUGCUUCUGUUGGGAACCACGCCUCUCACAAAUCCUCCAGCUGUGUUCCUUCUGUCUGGAUUACUAGUGCUAUUUUUUCAUAAAACACUCCAUCCUGAUCACAUACAAGGGGCCAAAAUCUCCUGUGUGUCACUGGCAGGUUGUUAUAGGUCAGACGUAGUUUCUAUUUUCAACAGCUGUUACUGACCUCAGCUUGAACUACUGUAUACUUAUAGCAGAUUGCCUUUUCGGUCCACUGCCUAUUGCAACACUUCCUGUUACUUUUGUAGCAUGCAGAGAUUCACUCUGACAAAUGGAGGAAGGCACGAUAUUGAAACUUGAAAAUACCAUCUUGCUUAAAAUAGUGAAGUAGUGUGGGGCCAACCGUAUGACUGGAACAGAACUGACCAGUAAGAUACAAUUUUUUUAGUAUUUCAUGUUUUUUCACACAAGUCACAUGUACCGUGAUGUGUUCACUGUCAUGAUAUCAAGCCUAUGUUGAACUUCACUUCUCAUCGCCUUUGUGGCCUUAUUGAAGUCGCCAGCAUCAGCUCCGGACUCGUCUCUCACCACUCGCUCUAUAACAUCAGUUUCCAAAUUAUAAUCAAAGACAUUCAUCUUUCAUCUAUUCUUGGACAAAAAGGUAUCGAUACAUAGACCUCAGUCAGAAGUCGUUCAGACAGGAGAUACCUGAUGAGGACUAUUUCUAUGAACUUGAUACUUGGUGUCAGCUGUAAAGAGACGAGCUGUCAUUGUCCAGAUAUUCACUCUACUAAUCAUGCUACAAUGAGACUGAAAGUGUGUAAAACAUGUUUACAUCUUUGUAAAAUUAAUUUAUGUCAUGUAAAAGUUCAUAUAAAUGUCUCGGUCUAGCUUUGCCUCUUCCAUUCAUCAAAAAUAAAUGUAUUUUUGAGACUUAGUGGAAAGUCUUCAAAUAAAAAAUUCAUAAGCA